AUGGACGAAGAUUGUCAAUGCUCCUCUGGAAAGAUAAUCUUAUCAGUCUCUGCUGUUUGUGUCGGAUUCUGCCUAUAUUUAUACAGAUUUAAACAUAAACACGCCCUUAAACUUUUUUUACUUGCUGUUUUCUUAUCACUUUUAAUGUUUGGAUUGUAUUCGCUAUAUAAUAUUUUAAAGGGUGUUUGGGAAUUUGAUAACUCUAAAGGUGCUUAUCAGCAUCUUGUAAAGGAACUUAAGGUAGUAGAAAUGGACCUUAAAAAACUCGGAUUCCCUUUUGAGAAGUUUAAUAUAAACUUAAAAAGCUCAACUGAAGAGUAUUAAUGGUUAGAUGUGUAAAAUUUUAAAAUCAAAUUAAAUUUCUUAAUUUGGGCCA